AUGGCUCCUCACCCGCUUGCUAUCCUCUCAGAGGAGGAGACCAACAUCGCCCGCGAUGUUGUGGUUGCCUCCCACCCUGACACGGUCAUCGAUUUCCGUGAGAUCUACCUGUUAGAACCUCCCAAGGCUCAGCUGCGGGAGUUCCUCGCCUUGGAACAUGCAGGACGGUUGAGUCCGACGACACCUCGUCCGCCUCGUAUGGCCCUGUGUCAGUACGAUGUGAUUGGCACCGACCGGAUUCCCUCGUACCAGGAGUCAACUGUGGACGUGGGGUCGCGCAAGCGUGUCAAACACCAGGUCAUUGGAAAGCAGCACCAUGCAGCUCUCACUGUGAACGAGUUCGAUGUUCUUGUCGAACGCUGCUUCGCCUCUCCGCUGUUCAAGGAUGCCCUCGCUGAAUUCGACCUCCCCGAAGGCUUCGAGGUUGUGAUCGAGCCUUGGCCAUACGGUGGACUGGACCAUACCGAUGAGAACCGCCGAUUCUUCCAGGGUCUUUGCUUUGCUCGCGACACAACCAAGAAGAAUGCCGAUGCCAAUUUCUAUUCAUACCCCCUCCCUCUCAUCCCCGUCAUGGACGCGCACACCCAGGAAAUCAUCCGCGUUGAUCGUCCGGCCACCGGAGGUAAAGGGGAAGGCCUGCGCGACCAAACAUUCAAGAGAGACAUUAUCGGCCACUGCAAGAGCUCAGACUACGUACCGGAGCUGCUGCCCGAGGGUACUCGGAAGGAUCUGAAGCCGUUGAAUCUGGUGCAGCCGGAGGGGCCGUCCUUCCGAAUUACCAACGAGUCCCUGGUGGAAUGGCAGAAGUGGCGCUUCCGUGUCGCUUUUAACCCUCGCGAGGGAGCCACUAUCCAUGACGUGUGGUAUGACGGACGUAGUGUUAUGUAUCGACUGGCGAUUAGUGAGAUGACCGUUCCCUACGCCGACCCUCGGCCUCCAUUCCACCGCAAACAAGCUUUCGAUUUCGGUGACGGCGGCGGCGGAAACAUGGCCAACAACCUGUCCAUUGGCUGCGACUGCCUGGGUGUUAUCAAGUACUUUGACGCGGUGCUCACCGAGCCGGAUGGAUCGGCUAAGAAGCUUCCCAAUGCCAUCUGUUUGCACGAACAAGAUGGCGGUAUUGGCUGGAAACACUCCAACUGGCGCACCGGACGAGCAGUGGUGACUCGCAACCGGGAGUUGGUUGUCCAGUUUAUCAUCACGCUCGCGAACUACGAGUACAUUUUCGCCUACAAGUUUGACCAGGCGGGUGGCAUUACGGUCGAGUCGCGCGCAACGGGCAUCCUAAACGUCGUCAACAUCGAUGCCGGCAAGACCAGCGAUUACGGCAACGUGGUCAGCGGAGGUGUCCUGGCCCAGAACCAUCAGCAUAUCUUCUGCGUUCGAAUGGACCCUGCCGUGGAUGGCGCUGACAACUCGGUCGUCGUUGAAGAAUCGCAUCCGGUGCCCAUGAAUGAGGCUACCAACCCCAACGGUAACUUCUACCAAGUGACCAACGAGACGAUCGAGCGGGCUGGCUGGCUAGACGCUGCCCCCGAUCUGAACCGAACAGUCAAGAUCGUCAAUCCUCAUCGCAAGAAUGCGAUCAGCGGCAAGCCAGUCGCGUACAAAUUCAUCCCCUUGGCCACGCAAAAGUUGCUGGCUGACCCCAACUCGAUCCAGGCCAAGCGCGCUCAAUUUGCCCAGCACCAUGUCUGGGUGACCAAGUACCGUGACGGGGAACUUUACGCCGGCGGUCGGUAUACCUUGCAGAGUCAGCAAGAAGUAGAUGGCGUUGCUGACGCCGUUCGCCGGGGUGACUUGGUCGCUGACACUGACGUCGUGGUCUGGAGUUGCUUUGGCAUUACGCACAACCCCCGAGUGGAGGACUGGCCCGUGAUGCCCGUCGAGACCUUCCAGCUGAUGAUCCGACCGUCGGACUUCUUCACGGCCAACCCAGCGCUGGACGUGCCGUCGGAUAAGAACGGAUCCUCAGUCGUAGUGGGUGGCGACUGCUGCCGGAACGCCCAUAUCUAG